CUGAGCGGCGGGCCUAAGUCGGCGGCGGGGGCCUGGGGUCCGAGAGCGACCCGGGCUGGCUGUGGUUUCCGGUUCCGCGGCGCUGGCGGGCGGGCGGGCAGCCGGGAACGGCGGCGGCGGCGCCUGACAGACAAUGAGGGCAGCGGGGAGGAGCUGAGCGGCGGCAGCGGCGGCGGCGAGCGACGCGGGGCCCGGGGGCGGGGCUGGGCGGCAGCCAUGGACAAUCAGUGUACUGUCCAGGUCAAGUUAGAGCUGGGACACCGGGCCCAGCUGCGCAAAAAGCCCACCACGGAGGGGUUCACACAUGAUUGGAUGGUGUUUGUCCGCGGCCCCGAGCAAUGUGAAAUCCAGCACUUCGUGGAGAAGGUGGUCUUCCGGCUGCAUGACAGCUUCCCCAAGCCCAAGCGUGUGUGUAAGGAGCCCCCGUACAAAGUGGAGGAGUCGGGUUACGCUGGCUUCAUCAUGCCCAUCGAGGUGUACUUCAAAAACAAGGAGGAGCCAAGGAAGGUUUGCUUCACCUAUGACCUGUUCCUGAACCUGGAGGGCAACCCGCCUGUGAACCACCUGCGCUGUGAGAAGCUCACCUUCAACAACCCCACCAUUGAGUUCCGGUACAAGCUCCUGAUGGCUGGCGGGGUGAUGGUAAUGCCCGAAGGAGCAGAAACGGUGUCCAGGCCCAGUCCUGACUACCCCAUGUUACCCACAAUUCCACUCUCUGCCUUCUCUGACCCCAAGAAGACCAAACCGUCCCACGGCUCCAAGGAUGCCAGCAGGGAGAGUGGCAAGGCCUGCAAGACCCACAAGACGGCCAAGGAGCACCGGGAGCGGCCACGCAAAGACUCAGAGAGCAAGGGCCCCUCCAAGGAGCCAGAGCGUGAGCAGGCUCGGAGUGCAAAGGACACAGCACGGAAGCUGGUUGAGGGCCGGCCCCCUAAGGAGGAGAAGGCCCCGCCACCCAAGGCUGCAUUUAAGGAGCCUAAGAUGGCCCUGAAGGAGACCAAACUGGAGAGCCUGUCCCCCAAGGGCGGCCCCCCACCACCACCCCAAUCCAAGUCUUCCAGUAAGCGGCCAGCUGCCGCCGACUCACCCAAGCCCAGUGCCAAAAAGCAGAAGAAGAGCAGCUCCAAGGGGUCCAGGAGCACCCCUGGCACUUCGCCCCGCACCUCGUCUUCCUCCUUCUCAGACAAAAAGUCGGCCAAGGACAAGGGCAGUGUCAAAGUGGAGAAGAUCAAGGCCGAGAGUGAGCCCCGGGAGAUCAAAAAACCCCUAGAGGUGGAGGAGUCCAACUCGGAGGAUGAGGCUUCCUUCAAGACAGAGUCCGCCCAGUCGAGCCCAUCCAACUCCAGCUCCAGCUCUGACUCCAGUUCGGAUUCGGAUUUUGAGCCAUCUCAGAACCACAGUCAAGGACCCCUGCGCUCUAUGGUGGAGGACCUGCAGUCUGAGGAGUCCGACGAGGAUGAUUCUUCAUCAGGCGAGGAGGCUGCCGGCAAGACAAAUGCAGGGAGGGAUUCCAGGUUGAGCUUCAGUGACAGCGACAGUGACAACAGUGCCGACUCCUGCCUGCCCAGCCGAGAGCCCCCUCCCUCCAAGAAGCCACCACCACCCAACAGCAAGGCAUCAGGCCGGAGAAGCCCCGAGUCCUGCAGCAAGCCUGAGAAGAUCCUCAAGAGGGGCACAUAUGACAAGGCCUACACAGAUGAACUGGUGGAGCUGCACCGGAGGCUGAUGGCCCUCCGGGAGCGCAACGUGCUGCAGCAGAUAGUGAACCUGAUUGAGGAGACUGGACACUUCAAUGUCACCAACACCACCUUCGACUUUGACCUCUUCUCCCUGGAUGAGACCACCAGGCCGAGCCGGAGUGCCAGCUGGCUCUGGAGGAAUCCUCCCUCAGUGGUACAAGGAUGCCUCGUCCUCCUUCCGGGACUCAGAAGGCACAGCCCGGGGCCCGUGAACACUACGAUGGAGCAGUAGGUCCUCGGGCGCCUGGUCAGACUGGCAGCCAUCUCCAGGGGCAGACCCCCCCCCCAAGGCUCCAGCCAGCUGCAGGCCCCCACUUGUAACGGCGCCCCUGGCCUCGGCCUCUCCUUCCCUCCAUAGGAUCCUCUUUCUCCUCUGUUGAUUGAGUCUUCAAACUUUGAAAAAAAAUGAGCUUUUGCCAAAUAAGACGUGAUAGUUUGUGGAGUGUUUUCCAGGAGCAUCAGGACGCAGAGCCAGCUCCUCAGGCCCAGGCUCUGCCAGUGGCAGGCCCUCCCUGGCACACCUGUCCCUCUCUGGUUUGGGCUUGGCCCUCCCACACCUGCCAUUCACACUUGUCCAUAGCCCUGAGACUUAGUUCCUCGAACACCUGAGAUUCUCCAAGGGCCAGGCUGGUUUCUCCUCCCUUGGCCCACCUUCCAGUGUCAGAAUGCCCUCCUAGAGUCAGUCCACCUUGGGUGGGGCUCCUGAGAGCCUGUCUGCUCAGCCUCUGUUCCCCGAGACCUUGAAUCAAGGCUCCUCCCGUUGCCCUCCCCCCAACUUUUGCCGUGAACAAGAUGUGGGAAAAGGACUAGGGGCCCAGAUGUGGGUUCACCUUCUCUCUCCAACCCACUGUCAGGCAAACCCUAAGCACUCCCUGGUGACCCCCACCUCCAAGGCUUCCCUGAGCUCUGGCCUUCCUGGUGAGAUCCCCAGAACUCUCGGGGAAGGCCCAAGAGCUUUCAGGGGAAACCAUCAUGACUCCUCGCCGUUCACUCGUAUUCUCUCCUGACCCUGCUGCCUUGAGUUACUAAGAAGAGGUCAGGCCUGUGUGGCAGGCCCUGUGCUGUCACCACCCUCUUCUCCAGGCAGGCCAGCAAUACUCCAGAGCGGGCACUGUUCUUCUCUGGAAAUUUUUCAGUACAUUGGAUGGAAGGGACUGGCCUGACGGGCUGCUCAGAAGGCAGCAGCUGCCUGGCCCUCUAUGCACAGAGGCUGCCAGUGGUAACAGGCUGGAACCUCAGCUCAAGGGGACUAGUCUUUCUCCUUUAUGAGGAUCUCCUGGAAGGGGCUGCAGGCUCCAUGUGGCAACGUAGGCAGCCCUCUGCUUUGGAGCCGGGCUCUCACCAGAGGCCACUGGAGAAAGGCUCUCUGGCUCACCCUCACUGUCAGCAGCAUCUGGCGCUUCCUGCUGUUUCCAGGGCCUUCGGAAGCACCGACCCAUUUCUCAGUUACCUCCUCUGGCCAGAAGGCCUCUAGUGCUGUUCUCUGGAGCUGCUUUGGGCACAUGCUGGCCCGUGACCACCUGAUGGACAUGCCAGGCAGCCUGGGCCCCAACCACAGCAUUCCUGGCUGCUCCUCUACCCCACCCCAACUCCCCCCAGCUGCCUGGCAGCUGGGCCCAUGAGGGCUCUGGGGACGCUUCCAUAGGAAGGGGCAGGCACUUUGUGAUUGCCACGUGUUUAGUGUUAAGCCCUCUGCCCCCAGUGAAAAUCCCUGUGUUGCGCUAUCUCCUGAACAAAAUGUAAACCGACACCUAAAAGCAAAAGGUAUCGAAUACCUUUUUACCCAUAAGGGUUUUUACAAAGAUUGUGUCUCACUAGGAACUAGGACACUUAACCAGCCUGAGACCAACUUCUGGAUAAAAGGAAUAAGGAGAAUUGUGUUUGUAAUAAGUUACAGGAUUGUUUCUGUCCUGGAUUUUAAACUUUUUGUUAAAUUGUGAAAUUAUGGAGGAAUUUUAUAGAAAAAAAGUGAAAUAAAGUCAGAUGGGAAAGCAAA